AUGAUUGACUGCUUGGUCAGAGAAAAAGAUAGGGAUUACUGUUAUCAGCAAGUUGGAAAUCGUUCGGACUCAAACGUUUAUAUAGGCGCAAAGAUAAGAAAGGCUGCUGAAAUAGGAGCGGAAGGAAGGCUUGUCAAGUUGCCUGAUACAUUGACUCAGUCAGAACUUGAAGAGGAAAUCGCCAAACUGAAUGCAGACGAUGAUGUUGAUGGCAUUAUUGUGCAGCUGCCGCUCGACUGCAAAAACCACAUCGAUGCAGACGCAGUUAUUGACAAGAUUCAUCCUCUCAAGGACGUAGACGGUUUGACUAGAGAAAACGCUGGUCGUUUGAUGCGUGGUGAGCUACAACGAACAAUCAUCCCAUGUACUCCUAAUGGAUGUUUAUACCUUGUACAGAAGGCCACAGCUGUUGUGAUCGACUGUGGUAUUAAUGUGGAGCCAGCUACCGAGCCAGGGAAAAAGAACAAACUUUAUGGAGAUGUUGAUUUCGAAGCUGCAAAGGAGGUUGCUGGUUACAUUACACCUGUUCCUGGAGGUGUGGGUCCCAUGACCGUGGCCAUGCUUAUUCGUAAUACAUUUCAACAAGCUUUACAUCAAGCAAAAAACAAUCUGUUUAGAGAUUUUGUCUGUUUGCUUUCUUUUGCCUGUUCGUAA